AUGUCAUCAACUACACAUUCCGAUUUUAGCCUGGACGCCCAACAAGCGAUACACCAAUUACGGAGUCAUUGGGAAUUUUCAAACGUGGCUCAAUUCAUGCACACGUUCUAUAACGCCUUUGGAUUGGAAUCAUUCGACACUGAUGAAUUUGAGCUCAGCCUAGUUGCCAAAGAAAGUCCGCAAUUAACAAAUUUAAUUGUGCAAAUGCUCAGAACAUUAACAUCUAAUAAGAAGAUAACGAUAGAUAAUUGGGAGCGGCAUCUCUACCAACUAUAUUCGAUUUAUGAGCCCGAGAAAAGCAAUCCCUUUGAGUCCGAAGGAGAUCAAAAAAAUUUUAAGGAUAUGUCAAUAAUACAAAAGAUGCUGAUUUUACAUGACCUUUGUCACUGGCAAAUGCGAAAUCCUGACAAAUUUAGACAACACUUGGAUUCUCAAGAUGAUUCACAGACAUGGCGUGUCUCUCCGAUAGGAUAUGAUUCAAAGGGCAAUACAUAUUGGCUUUUUGACGAUAAUCGAUUAUGCAAAGAGGCACCGAAAGUAGAUACUGAAAAACCCAAGGGUAGGGGUAAAUCGGCUCGACGUAACAGAUCCAAGAAAGCCUCUGCCACCACUGCUAUCUCUACUACUACUGAUCAAAAUGAAUCGACAAAUUGGGAAACGGUUUGUGUUACGGCUGCAGAAUGGGAAAGUUUUCCUGCUCAGUUUGAAAAAACAAGAAAUUCAGCUGAAAAGGCGUUCUUCAAGUUAUUAACUAAUGAUCUUCUGCCGAGAGUCUUGGCUGUUUUGAAGGAAAAAGAGAAAGAUCGCAAAAAACUCGAUGCUUUGGCUAACAGGAAGCGAAGCUCCAGACUUCUUAAAAAAGAAAUUGAAAGGCAAGAGGCUGAUCGAAUUGCACAGAUCGAAAGAGAAAAAUAUGAAGAGGAGAUGAUGAAGGAAAAAAAGGAAAGUAGAAUAGAAUCGCAAGCAUCAAGAGCGAUACAAGAAGAUCAUAAAAAAAUUGAGGAUCAAGAUCAAUUGGAUUCUUCUAUUCAAGUUCCAUUACCACAACCUCAAGCUCACGAACAACCGAACAACGAUUGGUACUUUGAAUGUUUGUGUGGUGUAUCCGGCAACAAUAUAAAUGAUAAUAGUCGUAUGAUUGCGUGUGAUCGAUGCUCUGUUUGGCAACAUUUGGAUUGCAUUUCAAAAAUUGAUCCAAGAUUUCUCAUGGGACAUGAUUAUGAAAAAAUUGACUAUGUAUGCGAAAAAUGUUUACGAAAUACGGCAGCCAAAUCUAGCAUGCCCGUCAGUAGUAGUCAUGAAAAAGGCAUUUCCAAUUCUGAUGCGCGUGAAACAAAAAUGGCUGAUAACUCAACCACGGACAAAGUACAAGGUACUUGGAUUGUCUCCAAAAUUGGUGCACAAAUGGACACUGAUAGGAUUAGCAAUAAACGACCAAGGAACGAGUCUGACAACGAACGUCUUGAAACCGGUAUUCCUCCUGUUAAAUCGAGAAAGAGACAAACCGGUACCACAAGAAAGACUACUAGAAAGGAUAAUGCGGAACGGGGAAAGAAUAAACAAAAUACCAACGAUAAUGUUGAAAGAGAAGUCAAAAGGAUCAAAAAUGGUAAAUUAAUUGUUCGCUAUGCGCGUAAAUCCUGGUUUACUGUCGAUAUCAAAUUCUGCAAGGCCGCUACCAAGGUUGCUUCCUGCUCCUAUUCCCAGCAAUUCGAUGUCGACGAUCUCUCUGGAUUCUCUAUGAUUCCACCGAGAACAUCAUCCUAUGGACCGCUAUGCGGCACAGUUUCAACGUCGUCAUCGAACGGGCUGUCCAAUUAUACCAUAACUCAUGCUGCAUCACAUCCAUCUACUUUAAAUUCUUCACUUGAGCUCCCCGCAAUUUCUCCACCAGCUUAUGGCUUAUCAAAUAACAUUCUUCGCUCGACAUCACUUGACGUUCUUCCACCCAUCACAUCAACAUUCGGACCAUCCGUUGAUGUUUCUGCACAAAAGAGGUCAUUUGAACCUUUCUCGGGUCCGAUUGAACCUCAAUAUAGUGGUCCACAUUUCUCACCAUACAGCAGAGCUGAUGGUCUAAGUCAAACAAUUCCACCACCAUCGUUACUCUCCCUUCCAAAUCCAGCUCAAUAUAAGAACGAGUCAAAUAAUAACGAACCAACUCCCAAAAUCAUGGAUAUUAAAUCAUUGGUUUCCUAA